CGGUGAAAGUAUAAUGAAUGCGAGGGGAAGUAACUCCAACCUACUUAUUUAUCACCUGACUGGAGUUAAGGUCUUUCAACCCAGCAGCAGUUGUUUAAAUGACACAACCUCUAUGACAUGUAGUAUCGUACCACCGAGUUGCUUCACUCGCUUUUAAGUGUUUUGCUAACCAAGUAAUCAAAGACACCCUAACACAGCUUAACCAUGUCGAAGGCUGGUAAAUAUGGCUCUACUGUUCGUGAAUACAGAGAUGAUCCAGAUUAUGGUGACACUCGUAACAGUGACCCCGAAAACAGUAACCUGUACGUAGACGAAAUAUUAAAACAAAUUGGAAACAAUGUUUUUAAAAUAAACAAUGGAGCUAAUAAUUUGAACAAGGCUAUGAAGAUUAUUGGCACCGAAAGAGACAGUAAUGUUUUAAGAGACAGAAUACAUGAAACUUCUCAAUCUACAAAUGAAAUUGUUACAGAGACUGCUAAUCUAGUCAAAAAAAUUGUCCGAAAUCGUAAACUUACGCAGAACAGAAAGUUUGAAUUGGAAAGGUUGCGGAAUGAUUUCGAAGAAAGUUUUAAAAAAUUCACAGAACUUCAGAAAAAAGCAGCCGAGAAGGUGCGAACAGCAAAACCACUGCGACCCCCGCCAGGAGAGAGUCUAAUCGAUUUUGAGGAUGAUGACCAGGAAUCCCUACUACAGCGACAACAGCGAGAAGAACAGUUGAUGCAGCAACAGGAAAUUAUUGAAGAAGACACAGCCUUGAUCCUUGAGAGAGAAGAGAGGAUAAGACAGCUGGAGGGUGACAUUCUGGAUGUGAAUGAAAUCUUUCGAGAACUUGGGACCUUGAUCCAUGAACAGGGAGACGUAAUAGAUUCCAUUGAAGCCAAUGUAGACAAUGGAUAUUCACGAGUUGAGAGUGGAAUGCAGCAGUUAACUAAAGCUGCAUCACAUCAGAAAAAGUACCGUAAGAAGUUAUGUCUGCUGCUGCUGAUAGUGGUGGUGAUUCUCGUUGUUUUAGGUAUCAUUAUAUACUUCACUCUACAGAAAUAGACCAAAAACUGGAUGUGAACUGUGAUGAUGGUUGUGGUGGUGGACACUGUAACACAGUUUCACUGUCCCUCAUACUGUCUCCCCUCCUCCUUCCUCUGUGUCGCUGCUAAGUACACAUCUAUUAGUUGGUAUACACACAGACACAAUUGUAUACCAAUUCCUAUACACUUGUGGUUGCACAUGCAUCCAGUUUCAGACACACACAUGGACAACUGCAUAUCACAUCAUGUUACAUCAAACAUAUAAUUCUAAAAACAAAUUGUUGGCUGCAUCAGCAACAGCUAAAAAACUCAGUUUUUUUUUUUUUUUACAAGAUAAAAAAAAAAUUUUGCAAAUUUAAUUGAACAAUGAAAAUAAAAUUACUUUGACAAUGUGAUUGUUGAAAACCUUGUCCAAGCCACAAUUAUGUGUUUGUGUGUGCACACACACAUAUGUAUAUAUGUUACAUGCAUAUGCACAAACACAAACACACAUUAUGCAUGCACACUCAUACAUGGAUACUUCUCAUAUGUAUUGAAUAUAUCUUUAUAUAUCUCUUCAGUUUAUCUUGAAAAAUUAUUUUUGUUAUUACUAUUAUUAUUAUUAUUAUUAUUAUUAUUAUUAUUGCAGCAAGCUGGCAGAACUGUUAGUCAUUUGUACAAAAUGCUUAGUGGCAUUUCUUCUAAUUCUUUACAUUCUGAGUUCAAAUUCCGCCAAGGUCAACUUUGCCUUUCAUUUUUUUCAGGGUCAGUGAAAUAGGUACCAGUUGAGCUCUAAGGUUACUGAAAUUAAAUAGUCCCCUCUCCCAGAAUUUCAGGUCUUGUGCCUAUAGCAGAAAGGAUUAUUAUUAUUAUUGAAGUUCAAAUGCCAUGUGAUAUCAAUUAAAAAAACUUAACUAGAUCCAGUCAUGUCCUGGAUCUAUUUAAUCAACUGUACCCUCACCUAUCAAAUUAUCUUGUUCCAAUGUUAGAAAUAUUUCUAUCAGAGAGUACAGUGAAUGGCAGAAUUAUAGAGCACCAGAUAAAAAAAUAUCUUGUGAUAUUUAGUCAAGGCCCUUUGUGUCAAGGGCUUUGACUUUCACAGUUAAAAAUAUAACCUUGUACUUUAUAAGUUCAAAUUCAUCCAAAGUUGACUUUACUUUUCAUCCCUCUGCAAUCAAUAAAAUAAAGUAUCUGUCAAGUACUAGGAUGAAUGUAAUUGACUUAUUCCUCUCACUAUUAUUGUCCUUGUGUCAAAUUUAAAACUGCUAUUAAAGUAUUGAGCUGACAGAAUUGUUAGCAUACCAUACAAAAUGCUUAACAGCAUUUCAUCAGAUUUUUAUGUUCUGAGUUCAAAUUCUGCCAAGGUUAACUUUGCCUUUUAUCCUCUCAGUUAAUAAAAUAAGUACUAAUCAAGCAUUAGGGUUGAUUUAAUCAGCUAACCCCAUCCCCCAAAUUUCAGGCCUUGUACCUAUAAUAGAAAGGAUUAUUAUUCCUAUUGUUUUCAUAGCAACUGAUAGCCAGUGCAGAUCAUGCUAUACGCUUUGCUGUAUUGUUCUGAGAUCAUACGUUAACAAGGUCAAAUUUGACCUUAAUCUUUCUGGAGAAAAUAAAAAUGAAAUACCAGUUGACUACUGGUGUUGAUUUAAUUCAUCAUACCCUCUUCCCAAAUUCAUGGCUUUGUGCCUCUUUGAGAAAUCAUCAACAUUAUUAUUUUUUGAAUGACCAAAUAUACAAACUCAGAAAAACAACAAGAAGCAACAAAAUCCAAACGCAUAGUGAAGUGAUUUCUACAUUUUUAUCUUACACAUUUAUACAGUCACAUAACAAUGAACAAUGAAACCAUAUACAGAUACAUUUGUGUCAAAAAUACAUAUAUACAUACAAUCACAUGUAUGUGUAUGUAAUUAUAUAUAUAUAUAUAACAAAAUAUUGAAUUUAUGUUAAUAAAGUUCAUAUUUUCAUAUGAACUGCUGCUUUUAAAAUCGUUA